AUGGCAAGUCCUUCAACAAUCGUGAAGGAGGCCGUCAAGGAGACCCUCAAGGGCAGUGGUGCUCCUGAAGAUCCUUCUCACCAGCUGUCGGCGCAGAGCAAGGCGCGUUUCAAUGCCCAUGCUGCCAAGGACCCCGAGACCGGCGAACUGUACAUGGGGCCCGAGGAGUUCAUCAACGCCAUCGCGCCCGAGACUGAGGACUACCACAAAAUCAAGAGAGACCAGUAUUCAAUUCUCUUCCGCGUGGCGGACAACAAGGACCGCGGGCGCCUGAGCCUGGCUGACUGGGGUGUCUUUGAGAAUCUUCUCAUGAAGCCCGAUGCCGAGUACGAAAUCGCAUUCCGCCUCUUCGACGUCGACCGCACUGGCGACGUGAAAUAUGACGACUUCCGCAGACUCUGCGAGCUCAACAAGGGCCCCGACAACCUCCCCUUUGACUGGGACUGCGAGUGGGCGAAGCUGUACAUUGGCAGCAAGAAGAAGCGCCAUAACCUCAACUACCCUCAGUUCUCGCAAAUGUUGCGCGGACUCCAGGGCGAGCGCAUCCGACAAGCUUUCCAGCUGCUUGACAAGGACGGCGACGGCUACAUCGAACCUGACGAGUUUGCGCGCAUCAUCCUCGAGACUUCCAAGCACAAGCUCUCCGACCACCUUCUCGCUAACCUGCACACCCUCUGCAACAUCACCACCGGCAGCAAGAUCUCCUAUGCCAACGUUCGCGCGUUCCAGAACAUGAUCAAGGAGAUGGACCUGGUCGAGCUCAUUGUGCGACGCGCCAUCUCCAGGAGCUCAGACGGCAAGAUUACCCGCUCCGAGUUUGUCAAUGAGGCGUCCAAGGUCACGCGCUUCUCGCUCUUCACCCCCAUGGAAGCCGAUAUCCUCUUCCACUUUGCCAGUCUCGACGAGCCCUCGGGCCGUCUGGCCCUGAGAGAUUUCGCAAAGGUACUCGACCCCUCGUGGAGGAGUCCCAUGUACGACGUCGACGAGCCGACUGCCCCCGCGGCCAAGAGGAGCUCCCUCUUGCAGAGCGUUCUGGAGUCGACCUACAACUUUGCGCUCGGCAGCGUGGCUGGUGCUUUCGGCGCCUUCAUGGUGUAUCCCAUUGAUCUGGUCAAGACUCGUCUUCAGAACCAGCGAGGCGCACAGCCCGGCCAGCGACUGUACAAGAACUCGAUUGACUGCUUCCAGAAGGUGAUCCGCAACGAGGGUAUCCGCGGCCUGUACUCGGGUAUUUUGCCACAGCUCGUCGGCGUCGCUCCGGAAAAGGCCAUCAAGCUGACCGUCAACGACUUGGUGCGAGGAUACAUGACAGACAAGCAGGGUCGCAUACCCCUCAGUGCUGAGAUUAUGGCUGGUGCCAGCGCUGGCGGAUGCCAAGUUGUCUUCACCAAUCCCCUCGAGAUUGUCAAGAUCCGACUGCAAGUUCAGGGCGAGGUUGCCAAGUCCGUCGAAGGCGCCCCAAAGCGGUCGGCCAUGUGGAUUGUGCGCAAUUUGGGUCUGGUCGGCCUGUACAAGGGAGCUUCAGCCUGUCUGCUGCGCGACGUUCCCUUUUCGGCCAUUUACUUCCCUACGUACAGCCACUUGAAGAAGGAUUUCUUCGGCGAGUCGCCGGCCAACAAGCUGGGCGUCGUGCAGCUUUUGACUGCCGGCGCCAUUGCCGGCAUGCCGGCCGCGUACCUCACGACGCCGUGCGACGUCAUCAAGACCCGUCUGCAGGUCGAAGCCCGCAAGGGCGAGGCAUCAUACACCGGUCUCCGACACGCGGCCAAGACCAUCUGGAAGGAGGAGGGCUUCACCGCCUUCUUCAAGGGUGGUCCCGCUCGAAUCUUCCGAUCGUCCCCCCAGUUCGGCUUCACCCUCGCCGCCUACGAAGUUCUGCAGACGUUGCUGCCCAUCACCGGCGGCAAGAAGGAGGACAAGAUGGCUGGCGUCGGCGACGUCAUGCCCACCGUCGCCAAGGGCCGAAGCCUCGACUCGUCGCCGUUUGCUCGUAGCCGGAACGCCCUCAAGAUCAUCCUCGACCUGGAUGAAGACUUUGGCCGAUCCAAGAUUCCCGACGCGAAUCGCUGGAAGACUCUGCCCAAGGCCAUGGGUGGCGGCGGCGCAGCUCAGUAA